AUGGACGAGGAGGAGGAUGGAGCGGGCGCCGAGGAGUCAGGACAGCCCCGGAGCUUCAUGCGGCUCAACGACCUGUCGGGGGCCAGGGACCGGCCGGGGCCGGGGUCGGCGGAAAAGGACCCCGGCAGCGCGGACUCUGAGGCGGAGGGGCUGCCAUACCCUGCACUGGCCCCGGUGGUUUUCUUCUACUUGAGCCAGGACAGCCGCCCGCGGAGCUGGUGUCUCCGCACGGUCUGUAACCCCUGGUUUGAGCGCAUCAGUAUGUUGGUCAUCCUUCUCAACUGUGUGACCUUGGGCAUGUUCCGGCCGUGUGAAGACAUCGCCUGUGACUCCCAGCGCUGCCGGAUUCUGCAGGCCUUUGAUGACUUCAUCUUUGCCUUCUUCGCCGUGGAGAUGGUGGUGAAGAUGGUGGCCUUGGGCAUCUUUGGGAAAAAAUGUUACUUGGGAGACACUUGGAACCGGCUUGACUUUUUCAUCGUCAUUGCAGGGAUGCUGGAGUAUUCGCUGGACCUGCAGAACGUCAGCUUCUCGGCUGUCAGGACAGUCCGUGUGCUGCGACCCCUCAGGGCUAUUAACCGGGUGCCCAGCAUGCGCAUCCUCGUCACGUUGCUGCUGGACACGCUGCCCAUGCUGGGCAACGUCCUGCUGCUGUGCUUCUUCGUCUUCUUCAUCUUCGGCAUCGUUGGUGUCCAGCUGUGGGCAGGACUGCUUCGUAACCGAUGCUUCCUGCCUGAGAAUUUCAGCCUCCCCCUGAGCGUAGACUUGGAGCGCUACUACCAGACUGAGAACGAGGAUGAGAACCCGUUCAUCUGCUCCCAGCCUCGUGAAAACGGCAUGCGCUCCUGCAGGAGCGUGCCCACGCUGCGCGGAGACGGGGGUGGCGGGCCGCCCUGCGGCCUGGACUACGAGGCCUACAACAGCUCCAGCAACACCACCUGCGUGAACUGGAACCAGUACUACACCAACUGCUCUGCGGGGGAGCACAACCCCUUCAAGGGUGCCAUCAACUUCGACAACAUUGGCUACGCCUGGAUCGCCAUCUUCCAGGUCAUCACGCUGGAGGGCUGGGUCGACAUCAUGUACUUUGUCAUGGAUGCUCACUCCUUCUACAACUUCAUCUACUUCAUCCUUCUCAUCAUUGUGGGCUCUUUCUUCAUGAUCAACCUGUGCCUGGUGGUGAUUGCCACGCAGUUCUCAGAGACCAAGCAGCGGGAAAGCCAGCUGAUGCGGGAGCAGCGCGUGAGAUUCCUUUCCAACGCCAGCACCCUAGCCAGCUUCUCCGAGCCCGGCAGCUGCUAUGAGGAGCUGCUUAAGUACCUCGUGUAUAUCCUCCGGAAAGCAGCCCGAAGGCUGGCCCAGGUCUCCCGGGCAGCAGGCGUGCGGGUUGGCCUGCUGAGCAGCCCAGCGCCCCGUGGGGGCCAGGAACCCCAGCCCAGCGGCAGCUGCUCUCGCCCCUACCGCCGUCCGUCCGUCCACCACCUGGUGCACCAUCACCACCACCACCACCACCACUACCACUUGGGCAAUGGGACUCUGCGGGCCCCCCGGCCCAGCCCACAGAUCCAGGACAGAGAUGCCAGUGGGUCCCGCCGGCUCAUGCUGCCACCGCCCUCAACACCUGCCCUUUCCAGGGGCCCUCCCGGGGGAGCAGAGGCUGUACACAGCUUCUACCAUGCUGAUUGCCACUUGGAGCCACUCCGCUGCCAGGCACCCCCUCCCAGGUCGCCAUCGGAGGCAUCGGGCAGGACUGUGGACGGUGGGAAGGUGUACCCCACCGUGCACACCAGCCCCCCACCUGAGAUGCUCAAAGAGAAGGCACUAAUGGAGGUGGCUCCUGCCUCUGGACCCACUGCCCUCACCAGCCUCAACAUCCCGCCCAGGCCCUACAGCUCUAUGCACAAGCUGCUGGAGACCCAGAGCACAGGCACCUGCCAAAGCUCUUGCAAGAUCUCCAGCCCUUGCUUGAGGGCGGCCAGCGGAGCCUGUGGCCCAGACAGCUGUCCCUACUGUGCCCGGACCGGGGCAGGGGAGGUGGGGCUCGCUGGCCACGAGCUGCCUGACUCAGACAGUGAGGCGGUUUAUGAGUUCACGCAAGAUGCUCAGCAUGGCGACCUGCGGGAUCCCCACAGUCGGCGUCGACGGAGCCUGGGGCUGGAUAUGGAGCCCAACUCUGUGCUGGCCUUCUGGAGGCUGAUCUGUGACACCUUCCGGAAGAUUGUGGACAGCAAGUACUUUGGUCGGGGAAUCAUGAUUGCUAUUCUGGUCAACACGCUCAGCAUGGGCAUCGAAUACCACGAGCAGCCUGAGGAGCUCACCAAUGCCCUGGAAAUCAGCAACAUCGUCUUCACCAGCCUCUUUGCCCUGGAGAUGCUGCUGAAGCUGCUAGUAUAUGGCCCCUUUGGCUACAUUAAGAACCCCUACAACAUCUUUGACGGCGUCAUUGUUGUCAUCAGCGUGUGGGAGAUCGUGGGCCAGCAGGGGGGCGGCCUGUCGGUGCUGCGGACCUUCCGCCUGAUGCGGGUGCUGAAGCUGGUGCGCUUCUUGCCGGCGCUGCAGCGGCAGCUCGUGGUGCUCAUGAAGACCAUGGACAACGUGGCCACCUUCUGCAUGCUGCUUAUGCUCUUCAUCUUCAUCUUCAGCAUCCUGGGUAUGCAUCUCUUCGGCUGCAAAUUUGCAUCUGAGCGGGAUGGGGACACGCUGCCGGACCGGAAGAAUUUUGACUCCCUGCUCUGGGCCAUCGUCACUGUCUUUCAGAUCCUGACUCAGGAGGACUGGAACAAGGUGCUCUACAAUGGAAUGGCCUCCACGUCAUCCUGGGCUGCCCUUUACUUCAUCGCCCUCAUGACCUUUGGCAACUAUGUGCUCUUCAACCUGCUCGUUGCCAUUCUAGUGGAGGGCUUCCAAACGGAGGAAAUCAGCAAACGGGAAGAUGCGAGUGGACAGUUAAGCUGUAUUCAGCUGCCUGUCGACUCCCAGGGGGGAGAUGCCACCAAGUCGGAGUCGGAGCCUGAUUUCUUCUCGCCCAGCCUGGAUGGUGAUGGGGACAGGAAGAAGCGCUUGGCCUUGGUGUCUCUGGGAGAGCACCCGGAGCUGCGGAGGAGCUUGUUACCACCACUCAUCAUCCACACGGCUGCCACACCCAUGUCAUUGCCCAAAAGCUCCAGUAGCGGCCUGGCCGAGGUUCUGGGCCCUCCCUCCCGCCGCACCAGCAGCAGUGGGUCGGCUGAGCCAGGAGCACCCCACGAGAUGAAGUCACCGCCAAGUGUCCGCAGUUCCCCACACAGUCCCUGGAGUGCAGCAAGCGGCUGGACGAGCAGGCGCUCCAGCAGGAACAGCCUGGGCCGUGCCCCCAGCCUGAAGCGAAGGAGCCCAAGUGGGGAGCGGAGGUCCUUGUUGUCGGGUGAGGGCCGGGAGAGCCAGGAUGAGGAGGAGAGCUCGGAAGAGGAGCGCACUAGCCCAGCGGGCAGUGACCGCCGCCACAGGGGCUCCCUGGACAGGGAAGCUAAGAGCUCCUUUGACCUACCGGACACACUGCAGGUUCCCGGGCUGUACCGCACAGCCAGCGGCCGCAGCUCAGCCUCUGAGCACCAGGACUGCAACGGCAAUUCGGCCCUGGGACGCCUGAGUCAGCCUGUGCGGCCCGAUGACCCCCCACUGGAUGGAGACGAUGGUGAUGACGAGGGCAACUUGAGCAAAGCAGAACGGAUAAGGGCGUGGGUCCGUACCCGGCUCCCUGCCUGCUGCCUGGAGCGAGACUCUUGGUCUGCCUACAUCUUCCCUCCUCAGUCAAGGUUCCGCCUCCUGUGUCACCGAAUCAUCACCCACAAGAUGUUCGACCACGUGGUCCUCGUCAUCAUCUUCCUGAACUGUAUCACCAUCGCCAUGGAGCGCCCCAAGAUCGACCCCCACAGUGCUGAACGAAUUUUCCUGACCCUCUCCAAUUACAUCUUCACCGCAGUCUUUCUGGCUGAGAUGACAGUGAAGGUGGUGGCACUGGGCUGGUGCUUUGGGGAGCAGGCCUACCUGCGCAGCAGCUGGAAUGUGCUGGACGGGCUGCUGGUGCUCAUCUCCAUCAUCGACAUCCUGGUGUCCAUGGUCUCCGACAGCGGCACCAAGAUCCUGGGCAUGCUGAGGGUGCUGCGGCUGCUGCGGACCCUGCGCCCCCUCAGGGUAAUCAGCCGGGCACAGGGGCUGAAGCUGGUGGUGGAAACGCUGAUGUCCUCGCUGAAGCCCAUUGGCAACAUUGUGGUCAUCUGUUGUGCCUUUUUCAUCAUAUUUGGCAUCCUGGGGGUGCAGCUCUUCAAAGGGAAGUUCUUUGUGUGCCAGGGCGAGGACACCAGGAAUAUCACUAACAAGUCUGACUGUGCUGAGGCCAGUUACCGGUGGGUCCGGCAUAAAUACAACUUUGACAACCUUGGCCAGGCCCUAAUGUCCCUGUUCGUGCUGGCCUCUAAGGAUGGCUGGGUGGAUAUCAUGUAUGAUGGGCUGGAUGCUGUCGGUGUGGACCAGCAGCCCAUCAUGAACCACAACCCCUGGAUGCUGCUGUACUUCAUCUCGUUCCUGCUCAUUGUGGCCUUCUUUGUCCUGAACAUGUUCGUUGGCGUGGUGGUGGAGAACUUCCACAAGUGUCGGCAGCACCAGGAGGAAGAGGAGGCCCGGCGGCGGGAGGAGAAGCGUCUACGGAGACUGGAGAAAAAGAGAAGGAAUCUAAUGCUGGACGAUGUAAUUGCUUCCGGCAGCUCAGCCAGCGCGGCGCCAGAAGCCCAGUGCAAACCCUACUACUCAGACUACUCCCGCUUCCGGCUCCUCGUCCACCACCUGUGUACCAGCCACUACCUGGAUCUCUUCAUCACGGGUGUCAUUGGGCUGAACGUGGUCACUAUGGCCAUGGAGCACUACCAGCAGCCCCAGAUCCUGGAUGAGGCUCUGAAGAUCUGCAACUAUAUCUUCACUGUCAUCUUCGUCUUGGAGUCAGUUUUCAAACUGGUGGCCUUUGGCUUUCGACGGUUCUUCCAGGACAGGUGGAACCAACUGGACCUGGCCAUUGUGCUGCUGUCCAUCAUGGGCAUCACACUGGAGGAGAUUGAGGUCAAUGCCUCGCUGCCCAUCAACCCCACCAUCAUCCGUAUCAUGAGGGUGCUGCGUAUUGCCCGAGUGCUAAAGCUACUGAAGAUGGCUGUGGGCAUGCGGGCACUGCUGGACACAGUGAUGCAGGCCCUGCCCCAGGUGGGGAACUUGGGACUUCUCUUCAUGUUGUUGUUUUUCAUCUUUGCAGCUCUGGGCGUGGAGCUUUUUGGAGAUCUGGAGUGUGAUGAGACACACCCCUGCGAGGGCCUGGGCCGGCAUGCCACCUUUCGGAACUUUGGCAUGGCCUUCUUGACCCUCUUCCGAGUCUCCACAGGUGACAACUGGAACGGCAUCAUGAAGGACACCCUCCGGGACUGUGACCAGGAGUCCACCUGCUACAACACGGUCAUCUCCCCCAUCUACUUCGUGUCCUUCGUGCUGACAGCCCAGUUUGUGCUGGUCAACGUGGUCAUUGCCGUGCUGAUGAAGCAUCUGGAGGAGAGCAACAAGGAGGCCAAAGAGGAGGCCGAGCUGGAGGCUGAACUGGAGCUAGAGAUGAAGACGCUCAGCCCACAGGCCCCCUCACCACUGGGCAGCCCCUUCCUCUGGCCUGGGGUUGAGGGCCCCGGCAGCCCUGGCAGCCCCAAACAGGGGGCCCCACAUGCCACACCCCACACUGGAACAGCCUCCCACUUCUCCCUGGAGCACCCCAUGGACAGACAGCUGUUUGACACCAUAUCCCUGCUGAUCCAGGGCUCCCUGGAUGGGGAGCUGAAGCUGAUGGACGAGCUGGCAGGCCCAGGGGGCCAGCCCUCUGCCUUCCCUCCUGCCCGCAGCCCAGGCGGCUCCGACCCACAGAUCCCUCUAGCUGAGAUGGAGGCUCUGUCUUUGACGUCAGAGAUUGUGUCUGAACUGUCCUGCUCUCUAGCUCUGACGGAUGACUGUUUGCCUGAUGACACUCACACACUCUUACUUAGUGCCCUGGCGAGCAAUAUGGAGUCCCACCCUGAGGAGGUGCCCGUCAUGCUGGGACCAGAUCUGCUGACUGUGCGGAAGUCUGGGGUCAGCCGAACGCACUCUCUGCCCAAUGACAGCUACAUGUGCCGGGAUGGGAGCACUGCCGAGGGGUCCCUGGGACACAGGGGCUGGGGGCUCCCCAGAGCUCAGUCAGGCUCCAUCUUGUCCGUCCACUCCCAGCCAGCAGACACCAGCUACAUCCCGCAGCUUCCCAAAGAUGCACCCCAUCUGCUCCAGCCCCAUGGUGCUCCCACCUGGGGCACCAUCCCCAAAUUGCCCCCACCAGGCCGCUCCCCUUUGGCUCAGAGGCCACUCAGGCGCCAGGCAGCAAUAAGGACGGAUUCGUUGGACAUUCAGGGCCUGGGCAGCAGGGAAGACCUGCUGUCAGAGGUGAGUGGGCCCUCCCCGCCGCUGGCCCGGGCCUCCUCCUUUUGGGGCCACUCCAGCACCCAGGCUCAGCAGCAUUCCCGCAGCCAGAGCAAGAUCUUGAAGCACAUGCCCCCGUCAGCCCCCUGCCCAGGCCCAGAACCCAAGUGGGGCAAGGGCCCACCAGAGACCAGAAGCAGCUUAGAGCUGGACACAGAGCUGAGCCGGAUUUCAGGAGACCUCCUGCCCAUGGACAGUCAGGAGGAAGCCCCGUCCGCACGGGACCUGAAGAAGUGCUACAGCGUGGAGGCGCAGAGCUGCCCGCGCCGGCCGGCGUCCUGGCUGGCUGAACAGAGGAGGCACUCCAUCGCGGUCAGCUGCCUGGACAGUGGCUCCCAGCCCGCCCUGGGCCCCGAUCCCUCUAGCCUUGGAGGUCAGCCUCUAGGGGGAGCUGGGAGCCGGCCCAAGAAGAAACUCAGCCCACCCAGCAUCUCCAUAGACCCCCCAGAGAGCCAGAGCCAGGGCCCUCGGCCCCCACCCAGUCCUGGUGUCUGCCUCCGCCGGAGGGCUCCGUCCAGCGACUCCAAGGAUCCCUUGGCCUCUGGCCCUCCCGACAGCAUGGCUGCCUCACCCUCCCCAAAGAAAGACGUGCUGAGUCUCUCUGGUUUAUCCUGUGACCCAGCAGACCUGGACCCCUGAGUCCUGCCCUAC